GGAAAGAGCAAGAGAAGGAGGGAAAAGGAGAGCUGAGGACAGACAGAAAGAGGGAGAAAGAGAGAACUAUAUGGGACCGUCUCAUUCUUGGCCUCUGAGAUCACGGAAUAGGACGAUGUGCUACAGUCUGCCCUGACUUUUUCUUUUAAUCCAACAGACAAGAAGAAGAAAAUUUGGACUGGAGGUGGUUAGUCCAAAGGAGUUUUUUUUUUUUUUUUUUUUUUUUUGGUGGGAUAAAUCUCAGGACUGUUAGACGGUGCCUAAAGUCCCAGCGACGCGCACAGCGGGACUAAAAAUGAAUUAUCUGCAGAACGUGUUGGCCAAGGCUCUGUAUGACAAUGUGGCGGAGUCUCCAGACGAGCUAUCCUUCCGGAAAGGUGACAUUAUGACAGUGCUUGAGAGGGACACGCAAGGCCUAGAUGGCUGGUGGCUCUGUUCUCUGCAUGGGCGCCAGGGCAUUGUACCAGGUAACCGCCUAAAGAUCCUGGUAGGCAUGUAUGACAAGCAGCAGCAGUCUUCCAGCUCCCCGUUAUGCUCAUCUCAGAGUCUCAUCAGCAUUCCACCUAGUGCCUACACCAAGCCUUCACCUGCCGCCCAGUACACAGCCAUGCACCCUGCCUGUACUAGCCCUCCUAGCCUGUACCAAGUGCCCACUGGGCCACAGACUCCACAACUCCAGUCCAAGGCUCUACCCCUCAAACAGAAACAAAGUGCUGGUAAAUAUCACCCAGCUGGCCAGGAGAUCUAUCAGGUGCCACCCUCCAUGGGAGCACCAGUCCAAGAUAUCUACCAGGUACCACCCACAAGUGGGGGACAGGAUGUAUACCAAGUGCCCCCCUCUUUGAACCUGAAACAAGAGGUCUACCAGAUUCCCCCCUCCAUGGACAAGCGUGGCUGGGACACCCCAAAGACCCUGGGAAAGGUGGUGGUGCCCACGCGGGUUGGCCAAAUGUACGUGUAUGACACGGGGAACGCAGAACAGGAUGAGUAUGAUGUCCCCCGACACUUACCCACAUCCCAGGACAUCUAUGACGUUCCACCUACCCGUGCCCAAUACAACCAGCAGCUAUGUGACAUGGAAAUGAAAGGACCAACUAUCAGAGAUGUGCAGGGAAUCUACGACACACCCCCUAGUGUGGACAAGAACCAGAUGCUGGCCCAGCAAAUGGUGUAUGACUUCCCACCAUCUGUGAGUAAAGACGUUCCAGACGCACUCAUCAAGGAAGACACUUAUGAUGUUCCACCUCAUUUUAUCAAAAUAAAGAGUCCAAGCUCGAAUGCAGCCAAUCCUGAGCCACCAAUACCUGAAGAUGUGUAUGAUGUGCCCCCCCCUCAGCUAGCUGGCAAAUCACAGGCUGAGGCACAGGAGAUCUACGACAUCCCCAGCAGCCUGCACCAAGGUGACGUCUACGACUUCCCACGUGAGCGCCCACCAGUUUCUGAGGAAUCAGGUGACUAUAUCUACGAUGUACCACCACAGGUGGUACGUGAUGCAGCGGGUGCUACCACAGAGGAACUGACAGUGAGCUUUAAGCGCCUAUCUGCUUCCAGCACAGGAAGCACACGCAGUAAUUUGUCCACUUCAUCCCUGGACACAGUGCCAGUGCGGGACAGUGCGGUGCCAAACCGCCUACUUACCCUAGACCUUGAGCAGGCCAUGGAGAGGCUGUCACGCUUGCAGCAGGCAGUGGACACCUCAGCUUCAAUGCUCAUGUCCUUUGUCAGUAGUGACUGGAGGAGCCCUACCCAGAUGGAAGCGAAUUUGCCCUCCAUCCGACAAGCAUCUGAAUCCUUACGAUCAUCAGUCCGGGAGCUACUGGAGUUUUCUCGUGGUGCUGUGGCCAAUGCUGCCCAGGCCACUGACCGAACACUGCAGGCCAAGCUUAGCAAGCAGGUGCAGAAGAUGGACGAGGCCUUUCAAGGUCUGCUCAAGCACAGUCAGGCGCUGGACGCCCUGGGUUGGGCUUCUGCUGCUCUUCCCACACCAGCUCCCAACAGUGGUGGAGACGCCCUAGACCGGCUGGUCAUGUGUGCUCGGGCUGUGCCAGAUGACACCAAGCAGCUAGCAUCCUUUCUGCACGGCAAUGCGACAUUGCUCUUCAGAAGGACAAACAGGCAGCAGCAGCAGACCUCAGAGGUGUUGGGCCAGCUGAGCAGCAGCAGCUCUAAUGUCUCAGCCUAUCAGACAGGCACACCCGACAGGACCAAUAUCCAGUCACGUCCCCUGCCUUCACCACCCAAAUUCACACCAGAAGAGGAGCCUCCUGAGCGGCCUUAUGAAACCACAGAGGAAGGCUGGAUGGAGGACUACGACUAUGUACAUUUACAGGGUAAGGAGGAGUUUGAGAAGAACCAGCGACAGUUGCUGGAGAAAGGCAGCAUCAAUAGACACAAUAAGACCCAGCUAGAGCAGCAGCAGCUCAAGCAGUUUGAAAGGUUGGAGCAGGAAGUCAGCCGGCCAAUCAACAACGACAUUUCAGGUUGGACCCCGCCCACACACUACCCACCGCCCUCGCGCAGCAAGCUGUGUGCAGGUGACAGGCAGCUGUUGCUCUUCUACUCGGAGCAGUGCGAGGCCAACAUCACCACACUGACAAAUGCAAUUGAUGCUUUCUAUUCAUCCAUCAACAACAAUCAGCCACCCAAGAUCUUUGUCGCUCACAGCAAAUUUGUCAUUCUCAGUGCCCAUAAGCUGGUCUUCAUCGGCGAUACAGUCUCACGCCAGGCCAAGUCACCCGAGGUUCGGAGCAGGGUGGCACAGCACAGCAACGCACUGUGUGAAAAACUGAAAGACAUUGUAGUGAGCACCAAGACUGCAGCCCUGCAGUACCCCUCUCCAGGGGCAGCACGGGACAUGACUGAGAGGGUCCGCGAGCUGUCUGGCUGCACCCAGCAAUUCCGCAUGGCCCUCAACCACCUACUUUCCAUGUGAAAACAAACAUGGGAGUAUAUGGAAACACUGAGAUCACACACGCAUGGAGUCCCACUGCGACUUACUUGUUCCCCAUCCAUGCUUUGUGUUCCCCUACCCCUUUAAAAAAGACUAUAAACACUAUCAGUGAAUAGUGCUAUGGGUUGUAAAUUAAUUUAUGUAAAUAUAUGAAUUUCUGUAAUACCAUGGGUAAGUAGUGGGGCAAGAAGAAAGGAUGAACUGUACCUUUUUCGACAACAGAGAAAAAACAACAACGGUAGUUUUUAGUCAUUAUUCACUAUUAUUAUUGUUAUAAUGUAAUUAUUGCCCUGAUUAUGAUAAUUGUCAUCAUUCUUCUUAUUACUGAUGAGAUGUUAAGGGUGUCUAGAGUUUUUAAUGUGUAUGUAGAAGUACUUAAUGGCAUUUUUCAUCAAUGAUGAGGAUUUUUAAUUGAUUUUUAUGCUAGCAUGAGGGUAAUGAUGGCAGCAGACAUGCAGUGCUUUGUCCUUUUAAUCACCAGGGCUGAUUCAGGGUGGGAGCAAAGCUUUAUUCAAUCGGCUUUAUGUGGUACAAUAGUCUCAUGAAAACAGAAGAAAACAAAACAGUCUCUCCACAAGUAAGAUUGCAAUUGGAAAAAUGGUUAUAAAACAUGAGGAAAGAGUAACACUGUUAAGUAUUUUCAUUUAAACAUACUGCUUAUUCUUUUUAGUACGCUUGCUCACUUUUCUCCCACUCCAGUCAUUCUAGAUUCUGUGACUUGCUGUGCAUUGUUCCAGAUUCUGCUGUGUUCUAGAUAAGGCUUUGUAGCUAGCAGCAUGCCAAAGCUGCUCUCCGUUGCAGUGCUGCACCCUGCUGGACAGGGUCAUAUGGGCCAAGGGGUUCUGUUCAGUAACUGAAAAAGAUUUUUCCUUUUGGCACAUUCCUGAGCGUUAAUGUCUGUUAAUCAUGAGGGCAGGUAUGUUCCUAUGAGUAGGCUCUUUUUCUUUUAAUAGCUCUGUAAAAUGUUUAACCUCCUCAUAGUUAAACAUGCCUAAUGUAUUCAAAUAGUACAUUUUUUUUGAACCCCGCCUCUUUCACUGUACUUCAAUGUGGUAACAGCUAUAUUGUAUUUUCACCUACCUUUUGCAGACUUUUUGUCACUGGAGGGCAACGUUGAGAACUGCCUCAAAUGUUUCCUUGACUUUUUAACACCCUAUUAGUUGUAUUUUAAAUAUCAGACUAUGUCAGCAAAAAUAAGUUGGUGAAUGUGGUUAUACCUUUAAGUACUACAUGUUGUGCAUAUAGUCAAAAUCCCUAUCCAGUUUUGAAAAAAAAGGAGCACAGUGAAAAUAAAUAUUGACUUUGUAUUUGUUGUAAUGUUAUUUCAUCCUCGAAUCUGUGUUUAAGGGUUUGGAAUAUGUUAAAAAACACAUACUGUAAAUUGCAUAACUGGAAAAUAUAUGUUUAAUAUAUUUUCAUUAAAAAAAUUGAUCAAGCCAG